AUAGUGCUGGGUAAGCUUUCCUGCUGCUCGCGCGUUCGUGGGUUCGCUUUGCUGGGGCCUGGCUCGAAUUGUACCUGCCCUAACCUAAUCUGCUGCUCGCGCUCGCUCCUCGACCGGACAGACUCUGCUGGUGAUUGCUCCCUAGGCUCGUUCUCGACGAGCUGUCGAGGUUUGCUUUCAGCGUGUGGAGGAGGAGGAGGAAGAGUUGCUGCGGGGACGAAGAAUUGGAGAGGUGGUGGUCUGGGGCCUCGUUGCGGGCGGCCGGUCGGGCGGGUUUAGGCUUUGGCGUGGCGAGGCGAGGCGAGAUGGUGUGAGGGAUUUGUUUGUUUCGGACAGGGACGGGAAGUCUCCUGCCGAGGAUUGCGCGUGGAUGGAUGGUGGGGUAGGAAGGCCAUAGAUGGAAGCGAGGAAUGAUCUUGGAUGUGCUGGUGUUUUUCUUCCGCCUUGAGGAGCAGGGUCUGGUGGUUGGGCGACGAAACGGAAGGAAUUGCUGGAAGUGGGUUUGAAGUUUGCGGUUAGGGUAUAGGAUCACGCGGAGAAGUAGAUUGGAAUCGGAAAGAAGCGAGAACUGAAGAGGGGAGAAGAAGAGGAGAAGGAGCAGGUGGCGGUGUCCCAGGUGUUGGUCUGGUUCCGUCUUCAGCCGGUGAGAAUUUGGUUGAGGGUUUUCUUGUUUUGCUACGGUUGGAGUUCAAUUUUUCGGUUGCAUUGGUGGCGAUAUUGGAGUAGGGGAGGGGUUGAGGUCCUUCAGCCGGGGACCUUCGGGCUGGCGUUGUUUCCCGUCCUGGCGACUCGCAACCCUUUGUUGGUGAAACUAUCAUCUAGCGUCUUUUUGGUUCUCCGAGUUUCCUUCCCAUUCCUUCUCUCGUGACUGUACUUUCUGGCCCAGUUUUUCCUACUGUCCAUUCUUGUCCAACGACCUUCUCUUCUCCUCGAUGCUUUCACGAAUUGCUGCCAUCUCGCUAGUUUUAAUACCUCGUAGCCCUAACCCUAAUUCAUUGCUUUUACUUUUGUGACCUAAUCACUCUGAGUUUGUUGCGGGGAGAUUCAAAUUGACUUUCUUUCCUUCCUCUCUCUGUCCGUAUUCCUUCUUUUAGAACGUCCUCAUCAUCGAAUUUGCGUCAGCGAAACCUACCCAAUUCAGCUUUGUGCUUCGGGGUUUCGACCCUUCCUCGCCAGUUAAUGUCUCACGUCUGCAGGGGGUUUCUUUUGCACCACGAAGUAUGUACACAACAUGAUGACUCAGUCGAAGUAAUAUCGAGCGGUAGAGUUUCGGAUGCUUCACGAAGGACAGCAAUGGAGACGCUCAAGCCUUAGUACAGUGUUAAUGUAGACGCUGUGGAUUUUUUCGGGGGGAGUUCCAUGUGUAUCUUGGUGACAUGAAAAGAGUUCAGACUGAACACGUGAUUGGGAUCUUACGAAGCUAGCUCUAAAUCGAAAGAGGAAGGGUGUAUUCAAGGCAAUGGGUGCUCCCAAGCAAAAGUGGACGGCCGAAGAGGAGGCUGCCCUCCGGGCCGGAGUUGAGAAGUACGGACCUGGAAAAUGGAGAGCGAUUCAGAAGGAUUCAAAAUUUGGGCCUUGCCUAACAUCUCGAUCAAACGUAGACCUAAAGGACAAAUGGCGAAAUAUGAGUGUAAGUGCCAAUGGCCUGGGGUCCACAAGGGAAAGGAAGUCCUUGGCCUUGACAGCUGGGUCAGGUCUGGUGACUUUGAUGGAGGAAGCUGUUGCCGUCAGCCCUUUGCAAUCCGUGUCUCCAGAUGGAGUGUCAGAUUCCAAGCCUCUGCUUGUCACAAUGUCGGGGCCGGGUCACAAAACAGCGGAUCGAAAGUCACUUGGACCAAGAUAUGAUGAUAUAGUUGUGGAGGCUGUGCUGGGAUUGAAGGAUCCCAAUGGUUCGAGCAAUGCCUCAAUUGCCAGCUAUAUUGAGGAACGCCAUCCAGUGCCUUCCAACUUCCGAAGACUACUAACUUCAAAAUUGAAGGCAUUAGCAAUGCAGGGGAAGCUUACAAAGGUGAAGCAAAAUUACAAAGUCAGCAAUGGCAACGUUAGUGACUCUCCAUCAGAUGGAAGGCCAGUCAAGAACACUAGACCAAGAAGACCGGAAGGUGCUCCUCCUCCUCCUCCUCCACCACCUCCUCCCCCUCCCGCUGCUGAUGAAACUCGACGAACUCCUCGGUAUCCUCGAGAUCCAGCAAAGACCAUGAGAGGUGCAGUUGGGAUCAAGAAGCCAAAAAUAGUUGAUGCCGAAUUUGCUCGAACGAAGAUGAAAACAGCGGAAGAAGCUGCACGUGCUGCAGUUCAAGCGGUUGCAGAGGCUGAGGCGGCUGCAGCAGCUGCAGAGCAAGCAGCUCGCGAAGCAGAACAAGCAGAAGCUGACGCAGAGGCAGCGGAAGCCGCAGCGGAAGCGGCAGCUGCAGCCAUCAGACCACCCAAGAAGUUUAGAGCAAUGGCUAUGGCUCGGGCAGAAGAAGUGUCUGUCAAAGGGUAGUUCCCUCAGCUCCUUCAUAAGAAUGGGGUCACAUCCAUCGGCAUCAAUUGCUCAUUUUGGGAAAAGAAUCAAAAGGCCCAAAACUGUAUUGUAGCACUACACCUGGACCUGUGUCAAUAUAGAUUCUUCAAAGCUCCUAGGAAAGAGAAAUUCAUUCUAUUUUCGUAGACCCUGAUGCGGAAGGGUUCCCUUUGAUGCUCUGAUUGUAUCAUUACUGAUAAUAUCUGUAAAAUCUAAGCUCCUCUCCCUCACGUUCUCCAUAGCAAAGCCACCACAGUUUCUGGGAAUACUUGCCGUCAUGGUGGUUUUGAGGUUUACGAGAUUUACGAUGCUCAGCAUAUCUCCUCUCCGCCAGGUAAUGAUCGAAUCCAAAGGUUUGCUCCUAUCAUUGUUUCACGUGUGCCCAGGCGUUGAUCCAUUUGUAUGGAGACCGCUGCAUGGCCACACCGUGUGAAAGCAAACGAGGGUUCUCGGGGCGUGCGAAAUUAGUGUAUAGAUCAAUGUACAAAAUCUUGCCGUGAAACGUGUAGGAAUCACCGAGAUCGUUUCCACGAAUAGCAAGAAGUUUAACAAAUG